AUGGAAUUUCUAUCUGCAGAUUAUUCUAGCAGUGACGGUAGUGAUACCGAGAGCGAAAGUGGUAACAAAGCUAAGAUCGAAAUCGAACACACGGAGGAAACUAGUAUACAAAGAGCAGAUUCCACUGAUUUGCCUGAAAUCCCGGAUUCAAUCAUAUUGAAGUACCACAUCACUCCGAACUUACAAAAGUACGAGCACCAGGAUAUGAAUAUAAGUCGGUUUUGGCGUUCAUUCACAUAUUUUGAGUGGCGUCCAACUCCAGCGAUUCACCGACAACUCCAGAAGAUCAUAUGUAAAUAUAAAGAAACUUUUAUGAAACAGGGAUAUACCAAUCCGUUUCAACUGGCGGAUUUUGAUCCGUUGUUCAUUUCGCAUUUGGGGGCCCCCAAACCUUUACACAUUUCCUUAACCCGAUCGUUAUUGUUUGAAACUGAAGAACAAAGACAUAUUUUCAUUCAAGAAAUACGCAACGGUUUACAAAAUCAUAAAAUAGCCCCUUUUACACUUCAAAUUUGCCCAUAUCCAAAGUUGUAUAUAUCAGAACGGGCCAAUACCUUGUACCUCGGUCUCCCUGUAUCAGAACACUCCAAUAGGACACAACUUUCUCCUUUCAAAAUGAUAAUAGGUAAAGCACUUCAGAAAUCAGGCAUUUCAAACUAUCAGGAUCUAAUUGUAAGUAGGCAGUGCUUACAUAUUUCAAUUGCCAUAGCCAGCAACCCUUCAAAAGCCACGUUAAAACGUUAUCAACUACUUAACGAGUCGAUAGGUGCACUUUUGCUGCUCGACAAUGAAUUCACAUACCAGCCAGAGCUCUUGGUUAACUCUAUCUACUGUGAUGAAAACCGCCGCUCCAUUAGAAUCCCUUUUAACUAA